AUGGCUCAAGGCGCUGUCAAGCCUCGUGUCAAGGGCAACGCCGCAAAGGUCGUCCACUCGAAGCGUCAAGCCUCCAAAGUCUCGAAACCCAAGAAGACACCGAAGCAGAAUGCCGAUCGCGUAAACCGAAAGUUCACCUCGGGCAUGGGCAAGAAGGGCAAGAACAAGGCCUCAAGUUUGGGCAAGGGUGGCUCCAAGAAGUUUGGUUAA